UGAAAAUGGCUGAUUUCGGGGAGAUUCUGCGGAGUAUGGGGGAGUUUGGGUUAUUUCAGAAGAUCACCCUUUUUGCUCUCAGCUUCCCUAAUGUUAUUCUGCCUUUCCACUUUGCCAGUGUACUUUUUAUCCAGUCAGAUCCAGACAGACGCUGCAACACAGACUGGAUACUCAAUGCUGCUCCUAACCUGACCACAGAGGAGCAGCUUAACCUGACCGUGCCUCGGGAGGAGGAUGGGACCUUCAGCAGAUGUCGGAUGUUCGUCCCAGUGGACUGGGACAUCGGUGCCAUCAGGGAGUACGGGCUCAAUGAGACUACAAGGUGCCAGAGUGGAUGGGUGUAUGGGAACAUGUUGUAUGAAGCCACCAUAGUCACUGAUUUUGAUCUAGUCUGUGACCGGGCUAGUUUGUUGGAGACAGCACAAACUGUCCUAAUGGCUGGCAUCCUUGUUGGCUGUCUCUUAUUUGGACCUUUUGCAGAGUCGUUUGGUCGAAAAAGAGCAUGUCAAAUCCCAGCUGUUGUAAUGGUGAUAUUUACUGUCACAACUGGAUUAUCGCCUAACUUCUACUUUUAUCUGGCAUCCCAGUUCAUGGCGGGAGUUUGCUAUGGGGGAUAUCGACUUAAUGGCGUUAUCCUGGGUAUAUAA